AUGCUCCCGGCAAGACACGAAACAUCCCGGUCCUAUCAUCUUCCGCUCAUCAUUCCCCCGUCGCGAUGGAGAUCACUCCCCCUUUCCUCGUCUGCCGUAGGUGUCCAUGGUCUAGAUGGCGACCGGGGCGCAAAUGGUGCCGAGGGGAAUACAAGCAAUCCUAACCCGGCCGUUGGGGCUGCUGCCGCAGCUCAGCAGCCUAAAGUGGUACAGACUGCUUUUAUCCAUAAGCUUUACAAUAUGCUCGAAGACAACGGCAUUCAGCACCUGAUCUCUUGGUCGAACACCCACGAUAGCUUUGUGAUGUCUCCCACAUCGGAAUUCUCCAAGGUUUUAGCCCAAUACUUCAAGCACACCAAUAUCUCCUCCUUUGUUCGGCAGCUGAACAUGUAUGGAUUCCACAAAGUGAGCGAUGUGUUUCAUACUGGAUCCCCGGACUCAGCCCUUUGGGAAUUUAAGCAUGGAAAUGGCAAUUUCAAACGAGGCGAUCUGGUUGGGUUGCGCGAGAUCAAACGUCGCGCAUCUCGGCAUGCUUUGAUUCACCGCGAUUCAUUCCCAGGUCAUAAGGCUGCUACGUCGCAACCGGGUACUCCUGCAGAGCCGGUUCCUGAUGCGACGGAAGCUAGAUUGAUGAACCUGGAGCACUCCCUCUACGACAUGCACAAUCGCCUGUCUCGAGCUGAAGAGGGAAAUAUUGCUCUCAGUUCGAGAUGCCAGAGCAUGGCUGAGGGUUUGGCCCAAUGCUAUCACUGGACUCAUUCAAUCUCUCGCUUCCUUCAAGCUGCAGUACCUGAUAGAGAAAACCCUCUUUACCGUGACAUUGCGAACAUACAAAGAGAAGUUGAGAAGCAGCUUGAAGCCGUGCGCGCUAUGGAGGUAUCACACGAAAGCCUCAUGCCACCACGUCAGCCUUUCUUUGCAGCAAAUAUGCCCGGUGAAGCUGGGCCACCAUUAUCUCCCCGCCAACUACCACAAGACGAUGGCCGACGCCCGUCCAUGAUUCGGCCUCCUGUUCCACCACAUCUUUCGGUGUCGCCGCGCCGCUAUGGUUCCAUUGGAGGAGCCAACCCACAACCCAAUUAUGUGCGGCCACAGGCUCCCCAAGCUCCACCACAGGGACAACCUGGACCCUCUCCUUUAUCUAUCUCAACUCCCCCUGGACCUAAUCUCGGUCGCCGUCACACUUUUGCAGACAUCCGACAGCACGAUUGGCCCCCUUCGGGCACCUCUCCUUUCCCACCCGGUAAUCCUCCGAGUGGGCCUUGGCCGUCGUCCCCCAACCGAGUACCGGGCUCCAGUGACCAGCAGGUCCGGGAUGUUCUCGCGCAGUAUGAAAUGGGAGCCCCUCGCCGUCUUCAAGAUCAGUCGCGCCAUGCGACACCACCCGGCGCUGCUGAGCCAUCUCCAUCUUUGCUUAGUGUUGACAAUGGGUGGAAUAUUGCCGGCUCCAGGUUUCCCCGUCAAGAAUCCUCUCUGCCAGCAACCCGGCGCUCCAGUAUGGCAAGCAACGUCCACUCACUAUUAAACCCUGCAGAUACCGCUGAGCGGCCCGAUGAGGACCAGCAGAUGAGCGAAGACCGCAAGCGGAAAAGAUUGGAAUAG